AUGGCCACUGCUACCAACAACAAUGCCAGCAGCUUCUUCUUCAUACUGAUGGAUCUCUCAGGACUGGAGGCUGCUCAUGGCUGGACAGCUAUUCCUAUCUGCUCCAUCUAUGGUCUCUCUUUGCUGGGCAACAUCACCAUCAUGCACGUUGUCAAGUCUGUGCCCAGUCUCCACACCCGCAUGUACCUCUUCCUCUCCAUGCUCUCAAUGGCUGACUUGGGCCUCUCAGCUUCUACACUGCCAUCCAUGGCAGCUGUCUUUCUCCUAGGCCAGAGGAAGGUAGGAGCUGCAACCUGCUUUAUGCAACUCUUCUUCAUCCACACGUUCUCAGUCAUUGAAUCAUCAGUGCUAUUGGCCAUGGCUUUUGACCGCUGGGUGGCUAUCCGAGAGCCCUUAUGCUAUGCCACCAUUCUCACAACCAAGUGCAUCAGGGCCAUUGGGCUGGCCACUGUGACCCGCAGUGCUGCCCUUCACCUGCCCCUGCCUGUACUCCUCAGAAGACUGCAAUGCCAGCCUGUGAAUCUUCUGUCUCAUUCUUACUGUGUUCAUCCUGAUGUUCUAAGGCUGGCCAGUUCCAGCACUCGUGUGAACAGUGCCUUUGGACUCUUCAUUAUGCUCUCCACGUUGGGGAUGGAUGCUAUACUCAUUCUCCUCUCCUAUGUGCUAAUUCUGAAGACAGUAUUGAAUAUUGCUUCCAAAGCUGAGCGGCUCAAAUCCUUCAACACUUGCAUUUCCCACAUUUGUGCCGUACUAUUAUUUUAUACCCCACUAGUCAGCUUGUCCAUGAUCCAUCGCUUUGGGAAAAAGAAGCUGCCAGCUCAGCUAUACAUGCUUCUCUCCUAUCUGCACUUUCUUGUACCUCCAAUGCUCAACCCAAUUGUCUACAGUGUCAAAACCAAAGAGAUUCGAAUUCGCAUUCUGAAGAUACUCCACCCUCAAAAGCUCUGA